AUGUGGGGCGACGUGAGCCCCGAGGAAGUGCGGGAUCGUGUGCUGGAGUACUUCCAAGCGUCCUCCUCGCUCUCGUUCGCCGCCAACGGCCAAGAGUUCACCGAUUUGGACCUGGACGAACUGCACACACGGGCGGGAGACUAUGUGAGCGUGGCGAUGACAACAGCCUUCAAUGCAAACGUCAGCGAAGGAGGACGCCAACACCACAAGAAACACAACAAGUCAGGUAGCUCACGAGACCCGCCAGCACACCACGCGAGGAGUACGAACGCCAAGCUGGCGCUCAUGAGGUUGGAGACGCGUACAUGCUGA